AUCUGUUUUCAGGACCUUCAUGAUGAGAGAUUUGGGGGCGCUUCUCUCUCCUCUGGGUAGUUGAUAGUUUGGGUGGUGAAGAGAUGGCUGACAGUGUCAAAACCUUUCUCCAGGACCUUGCCAGGGGAAUCAAAGACUCCAUCUGGGGUAUUUGUACCAUCUCAAAGUUAGAUGCUCGAAUCCAGCAAAAGAGAGAGGAACAGCGUCGAAGAAGGGCAAGUAGUGUCCUGGCACAGAGGAGAGCCCAGAGUAUAGAGCGGAAGCAAGAGAGUGAGCCACGUAUUGUUAGUAGAAUUUUCCAGUGUUGCGCUUGGAAUGGUGGAGUAUUCUGGUUCAGUCUCCUCUUAUUUUAUCGUGUGUUUAUUCCUGUGCUUCAGUCAGUAACAGCCCGAAUUAUUGGUGAUCCAUCACUACAUGGAGAUGUUUGGUCGUGGCUGGAAUUCCUCCUCACAUCAAUUUUCAGUGCUCUUUGGGUGCUCCCCUUGUUUGUGCUUAGCAAAGUUGUGAAUGCCAUUUGGUUUCAAGAUAUAGCGGACCUGGCAUUUGAAGUAUCAGGAAGGAAGCCUCACCCAUUCCCUAGUGUCAGCAAAAUAAUUGCUGACAUGCUUUUCAACCUUUUGCUGCAGGCUCUUUUCCUCAUCCAGGGAAUGUUUGUGAGUCUCUUUCCCAUCCAUCUUGUUGGUCAGCUGGUUAGUCUCCUGCAUAUGUCCCUUCUCUACUCACUGUACUGCUUCGAAUAUCGUUGGUUCAAUAAAGGAAUCGAAAUGCACCAGCGGUUGUCAAACAUAGAAAGGAAUUGGCCUUACUACUUUGGGUUUGGUUUGCCCUUGGCUUUUCUCACAGCAAUGCAGUCCUCAUACAUUAUCAGUGGCUGCCUCUUCUCUAUCCUCUUUCCUUUAUUCAUUAUCAGCGCCAAUGAAGCAAAGACCCCUGGCAAAGCGUACCUCUUCCAGUUGCGCCUCUUCUCCUUGGUGGUCUUCUUAAGCAACAGACUCUUCCACAAGACAGUCUACCUGCAGUCUGCCCUGAGCAGUUCAACCUCUGCAGAGAAGUUCCCUUCACCGCAUCCAUCUCCUGCCAAACUGAAGGCUGCUGCAGGCCACUGAGUCCCCUGUCAUCUGAAGGGGAUGGGUGGGACUGGAAGGAGGCUGUGGCAGCUCUUUUCCCUGUUCACCAACCCCACCAGGGAAGGCAGGACCCACUCUGCCAAGGGCCCUCUGCAUAUUCCCUUAUCUCUGAGGAGGUGGAAUUUUUGUCUCUGGUGCCCAUAAGGUAGAAUCUUUCUGACACCAGUGUGUAGAUUUUUAACACCACCGUGAGUCUGAAAGGACCACAGGUUUUUCUGCAGCUAUUUUCUAGCAUUUGCUGGUCCUUGUGCCUGGACUGAUUUGAAUACUUUUUUUCUCCCUGUGCCAUUUACCCUUCCACCUUUCCUUCCUGCCUUCCACCACCCUUGGAUGAAUGGAUUUUGUAAUUCUAGCUGUUGUAUUUUGUGAAUCUGUUAUUUUUUGUUUUCUGUGAAGCACAUACAUUGGAUGUGGGAGGUAAAGGAGUAUCUGAGUUGCUCCUGGUCACUCCUUUUAUAGCUAUCACUGUCUUGUUUCUUGUAACUCAGGUUAGGUUUUGGUCUCUCUUGCUCUAUUGCAAAAAAAAAAAAAAAAAAAAA